GUGGGAGAUGGGAAGUAAUGAUAGCUGGCACCCGAACUAAAAUCUGUGUGUAAGCACCACCAUCCCAAGCACUUCAGGAUGAAUGGGGAUAUGCCUCAUGUUCCCAUCACUACUCUUGCAGGGAUUGCUAGUCUUACUGAUCUUUUGAACCAGCUGCCUCUUCCAUCACCUUUACCCGCCACAACUACAAAAAGCCUGCUCUUUAAUGGACGAAUUGCAGAGGAGGUGAACUGUCUUUUGGCUUGUAGGGAUGAAAAUCUGGUUUCACAACUUGUACACAGCCUCAACCAGGUGUCAACAGAUCACAUAGAAUUGAAAGAUAACCUUGGCAGUGAUGAUCCCGAGGGAGAUAUACCAGUCUUGCUGCAGGCUGUCCUGGCAAGGAAUCCUAAUGUUUUCAGGGAAAAAAGCAUGCAGAACAGAUAUGGGGUACAAAGUGGAAUGAUGAUGCCACAGUACAAACUUUCUCAGAAUUCCAUGCAUGGUAGUCCUGCAUCUUCCAAUUAUCAGCAAACCACUAUCUCUCAUAGUCCUUCUAGUCGAUUUGUGCCACCACAGUCAAGCUCUGGUAAUAGAUUCAUGGCACCACAAAACAGUCCAGUGCCUAGUCCAUAUGCUCCUCAAAGUCCUGCAGGAUAUUUGCCAUAUUCACAUCCUCCAAGUUACACGCCUCACCCACAGAUGCAACAAGCUUCAGUAUCCAGUCCUAUUGUCUCAGGUGGGAUGAGGAAUAUACAUGAAAAUAAGAUUACAAAUCAGUUGGGCAGCUCAGCCAAUCACCAUGCUGAUAAUUCAAGACAUGGCUCUAGCGAAGACUACCUACAAAUGGUGCACAGAAUAAGCAGUGAAGAUGGUGAUUCUUCAAUAAGGAACACUGCAUCAUUUUCCUUGAGAUCACCACAGUCAGUAUGUUCUCCCGCUGGAAGUGAUGGAACCCCCAAAGGAUCAAGACCACCUUUAAUACUUCCAUCUCAGCCUCCACCUUACUCAUCACCUAGAGAUGUUCCCCCAGACAUAUUGUUAGAUUCUCCAGAAAGAAAGCAAAAGAAACAAAAGAAAAUGAAGUUAGUCAAAGAUGAAAAAGACCAGACUGAAAAAGCUGCAAUGUAUGAUAUUAUUAGUUCUCCAUCCAAGGACUCAACUAAACUUACGUUAAGACUCACUCGUAUAAGAUCUUCAGAUAUGGACCAGCAGGAUGAUAUGCUUUCUGGUUUGGAAAACAGUAAUGCAUCAGAAGGGGAUAUUUCUUUUAAUGUGCAGUAUCCAGGACAGACAUCUAAAACGCCAGUUACUCCACAGGAUAUUAAUAGGCCUCUAAAUGCUGCUCAGUGUUUGCCGCAGCAUGAACAAACAGCAUUCCUCCAGGCGCAACAAGUGCCUGUUUUACAACCGAACACUUCAGUUUCUGCAAAACAACCUCAAAAUCCUUUGGUACAGACACAUCCACAGGUUUCACAGCAUGGGACUAUUACGCCAUAUGAUGAAGUAGAAUUGGAUGCAUUGGCUGAAAUUGAACGGAUAGAACGGGAAUCAGCUAUUGAAAGGGAACGGUUUUCAAAAGAAGUGCAAGACAAAGAUAAGCCUUUAAAGAAACGAAAACAAGAUUCCUUUCCACAGGAGGCUGGAGGUGCUACAGGAGGAAAUAAACCAGCUUCUCAGGAGACAAAUUCUGCAGGAAAUGGGUCACGGCCAGCCUUGAUGGUUAGUAUCGAUCUACAGCAAGCAGGACGGGCAGACUCUCAGGCAGUUCUUACUCAGGACUUGGACAUUAUCAAAAAGCCUGAAGAGAUAAAGCAGUGUAAUGAUGGUUCUGUAUUUGUUCCCCAAGACGAUGUUAUUGGAGUACUUAAACUAAAAACGGAAAAUUUCCCUGAAACUCUAAGGAAAAAGUCAGAUUCUGAAGGUUUAAAGAUGGAAGUACAACACAAUGAGAACAAACAAACAGGAAUACAACAAAAUGAGGGUAAAAGGAUUGAAACUAAACACUGUGAAAGCAAGCAAGCAGAAGUUAAACAUGAAAGCAAACAUGAAAAUAGACAGGUGGAUGUGAAACAAAAUGAGGGUAAACAAAAUAAUGGCAAACAGGAAAUAAGACAAAGACCCGAGACUCCAAAACAGAAAAAUGAAGUGAGGCCAGAUACUCCAAAACAGAAAAAUGAAGGCAGACCAGAAACCCCAAAGCAGAAGAAUGAAGGCAGGCCAGAAACCCCUAAACACAGACAUGAAAACAGGCGUGAUUCUAGUAAAUCUUCAUUGGAGAAGAAGCCUGAUAUAUCUAAAUAUAAAAUGGACAUGAAAUCUGAUCCUUCCAGGGUGAAAUCUGAAAGGUCUGACUCAUUAAAACAGAGGCCUGAUGGGCGUUCAAUUUCUGAUUCUGUGAGGCGGGAUCAUGAUAGCCUUAAACAAAAAACUGAGGACAGGGGUGAAUCAGAGCGAUACAGAGGAGAUGCAUCAAAGCUACGAAGACCAGAAUAUUUGCGAUCUUCAAGUAAGGGUGAACAUGAUUCUAAGCAUAUCAUUAGAUCUGAUAACACAAAAGCAGAGAGACUAGAAAGGAAACACAGACAUGAGUCUGGUGAUUCCCGGGAUAAGCUGUCUUCUGGAGAUCAGAGAUCAAGACCAGACAGUCCUCGUAUUAAACAGGAAAGUAAAUUAAGACCAGAUAGGCCAAGUUUUAAAUCACAGAACAGUAAAGAUGAUCGGAGGACAGAUGGUAAUAAGAGCAAAAUGGAUAGUAGUAAAGCACACAGUGAUAGUAAAGCUGAGUUUCCCAGUUAUUUGUUGGGGGGAAGAUCUGGGGCUUUAAAACAUUUUAUCAUUCCAAAAAUAAAACGUGAUAAAGAUGGCAAUGUUAUGCAUGAAGCAAGGAAAUCAGAAAUUAAGAGUGAAUCGAAGAAUAAGGUUGAGAAGAUUGGACUAGUAGAAGAUCUAAACAAAGGAGCUAAACCAGUAGUUGUUCUGCAAAAGCUUUCUUUGGAUGAUGUGCAAAAAUUUAUUAAGGACAGAGAAGACAAAUCAAGAAGCUCUUGUUUCAAAUCUAACAAAAACAAGUCAUCCAAAUCAAAUAAAGGUAGCAUAGAUCAGUCAGUGUUAAAGGAAUUACCUCCAGAACUACUAGCAGAAAUUGAAUCUACCAUGCCACUUUGUGAACGAGUGAAAAUGAAUAAACGUAAGCGUAGCACAGUAAACGAAAAACCAAAAUAUGCUGAAAUUAGUUCUGAUGAAGAUAAUGACAGUGAAGAGGCUUUUGAAACUUCCCGGAAAAGACAUAAAAAAGACAGAGACGAUGACAAAGCCUGGGAAUAUGAAGAGCAUGACAGACGUUCUGGAGAUCAUAAAAGGAGUAGCCAUUAUCAUGAAGGAAGGAGGAGUUCUGGUAGCAGUCGAUAUCGCACUCGAAGUCCAGAAGACUCGGACAUGGAUGAUUAUUCUCCUCCUCCUAGUCUCAGUGAAGUGGCUAGAAAAAUGAAGAAGAAAGAAAAACAAAAGAAAAGGAAAGCUUAUGAACCAAAGUUAACUCCUGAAGAAAUGAUGGAUUCUUCUACAUUCAAGAGGUUCAGUGCUUCAGUUGAAAAUAUUUUGGACAACUUGGAGGACAUGGAUUUUACUGCAUUUGGUGAUGAUGAUGAAAUUCCUCAAGAGUUAUUACUGGGGAAGCAUCAACUAAGUGAAUUGGGCAGUGAAUCAGCUAAAAUUAAGGCCAUGGGCAUCAUGGAUAGGCUUUCAACUGAAAAAACAGUGAAAGUUCUGAACAUCUUAGAAAAAAAUAUUCAAGAUGGUGCAAAGCUUUCUACUCUGCUUAAUCAUAAUAAUGAUACUGAAGAUGAGGAAAGAUUAUGGAGAGACUUGAUCAUGGAGAGAGUCACAAAAUCUGCAGAUGCCUGUCUUACAGCUAUCAACAUUAUGACAUCACCCAACAUGCCCAAAGCUGUAUAUAUCGAAGAUGUAAUAGAAAGAGUUAUUCAGUACACUAAGUUUCACUUGCAGAACACACUUUAUCCUCAGUAUGAUCCUGUUUAUCGAUUGGAUCCUCAUGGUGGUGGUGUGUUAAGCUCAAAAGCAAAGCGUGCCAAAUGUUCCACUCAUAAACAGAGAGUAAUAGUGAUGCUGUAUAACAAAAUUUGUGACAUUGUUAGUAGUUUGGCUGAAUUACUAGAAAUACAGCUUCUAACUGACACUACUAUUCUUCAAAUUUCUUCAAUGGGAAUAACACCUUUUUUUGUAGAAAAUGUCAGUGAACUUCAGUUGUGUGCCAUCAAACUAGUCACUGCAGUUUUCUCAAGAUAUGAAAAACAUAGGCAAUUGAUAUUAGAAGAAAUUUUUACUUCACUUGCAAGGUUACCAACCAGCAAAAGGAGUUUGAGAAAUUUCAGGUUGAACAGCAGUGAUACUGAUGGCGAACCUAUGUAUAUUCAGAUGGUGACUGCAUUGGUCUUACAAUUAAUUCAAUGCGUUGUUCAUCUACCAUCAGGUGAAAAAGAUUCUAAUUCUGAAGAGGAAUCUAAUAAAAAGGUGGAUCAGGAUGUCCUCAUUACAAAUUCAUAUGAAACAGCUAUGAGAACAGCACAAAACUUCCUUUCUAUUUUUCUCAAGAAAUGCGGUAGCAAACAAGGAGAAGAGGAUUAUAGACCACUUUUUGAGAACUUUGUUCAAGAUCUUCUUUCCACUGUCAAUAAACCAGAAUGGCCAGCUGCAGAAUUGCUCCUUAGCUUAUUGGGAAGAUUGCUGGUUCAUCAAUUCAGUAAUAAAUCAACAGAAAUGGCUUUGAGAGUGGCAUCACUUGAUUAUCUUGGAACUGUAGCAGCACGAUUGAGAAAAGAUGCAGUUACUAGCAAAAUGGAUCAAGGAUCUAUAGCCCGAAUUUUAAAACAGGUCUCAGGAGGUGAAGAUGAAAUCCAACAGUUGCAGAAGGCAUUGCUAGAUUAUUUGGAAGAAAAUACGGAAACUGAUGCAUCAUUAGUGUUUUCUCGGAAAUUUUAUAUAGCUCAGUGGUUUCGGGACACCACUAUGGAGACUGAAAAAGCAAUGAAAUCUCAGAAGGAUGAAGAUUCAUCUGAAGGAACUCACCAUUCAAAAGAGGUUGAGACAACAGGACAAAUUAUGCACCGAGCAGAAAGUCGCAAAAAAUUUCUUCGCAACAUCAUUAAAACAGCACCAUCUCAGUUCAGUACAUUAAAGAUGAAUUCUGAUACUGUGGACUAUGAAGAUGCUUGCUUGGUUGUACGCUAUUUGGCCUCUAUGAGGCCGUUUGCCCAGAGCUUCGAUAUUUAUUUGACACAGAUUCUGCGUGUGCUUGGUGAAAAUGCAAUAGCUGUUCGAACAAAAGCCAUGAAGUGUUUGUCUGAAGUUGUUGCUGUAGACCCCAGCAUUCUAGCCAGGCUGGAUAUGCAACGAGGUGUUCAUGGACGGUUAAUGGACAAUUCCACUAGUGUACGAGAAGCAGCUGUGGAGUUACUUGGUCGGUUUGUGCUUUGUCGACCACAGCUUGCUGAACAGUAUUAUGACAUGCUGAUUGAGCGAAUACUGGAUACUGGUAUUAGUGUCAGAAAAAGAGUAAUAAAGAUUCUUAGAGAUAUCUGCAUUGAACAACCAACCUUUCCCAAAAUUACAGAAAUGUGUGUGAAAAUGAUUCGCAGAGUCAAUGAUGAAGAAGGCAUUAAGAAAUUGGUAAAUGAGACAUUCCAGAAGUUAUGGUUUACUCCAACCCCCCAUAAUGACAGAGAAGCAAUGACCAGAAAAAUCCUGAACAUCACAGAUGUGGUUGCAGCUUGUAGAGAUACAGGAUAUGAUUGGUUUGAACAGCUUCUUCAGAAUUUGCUAAAAUCAGAAGAGGAUGCUUCAUACAAGCCUGUCAAGAAAGCCUGUACUCAACUUGUGGACAAUUUGGUUGAACAUAUUCUAAAGUAUGAAGAAUCUUUGGCAGAUUCUGACAACAAAGGUGUGAAUUCAAGUCGCUUGGUAGCUUGCAUAACCACUUUAUUUUUAUUCAGCAAAAUCAGGCCUCAGUUAAUGGUCAAACAUGCUAUGACCAUGCAACCAUAUCUUACCACUAAAUGCAGUAAUCAAAAUGACUUCAUGGUGAUCUGCAAUGUUGCAAAAAUCUUAGAAUUGGUAGUGCCACUGAUGGAACAUCCAAGUGAGACUUUCCUUGCUACGAUAGAAGAAGAUCUCAUGAAGCUUAUAAUCAAAUAUGGCAUGACAGUAGUGCAGCACUGUGUUAGCUGUCUUGGAGCUGUCGUUAACAAGGUCACACAGAAUUAUAAAUUUGUAUGGGCUUGUUUUAAUAGAUACUAUGGUGCACUUUCAAAACUAAAAAGUCAACAUCAAGAAGAUCCAAAUAGCACUAUACUUACAGCAAAUAAACCAGCACUCCUAAGAUCCCUUUUCACUGUUGGAGCACUAUGCCGGCAUUUUGAUUUUGAUCAAGAAGAUUUUAAAGGCAACAGCAAGGUUAACAUAAAGGAUAAAGUACUUGAAUUGUUAAUGUAUUUUACCAAGCACUCAGAUGAGGAGGUACAGACAAAAGCCAUUAUUGGUCUAGGAUUUGCCUUCAUACAACACCCAAGUCUAAUGUUUGAACAAGAGGUGAAGACGUUAUAUAACAACAUCCUCUCUGAUAAAAACUGCUCAGUAAAUUUAAAAAUCCAGGUGUUGAAAAAUCUCCAGACAUACCUCCAAGAGGAAGAUACACGUAUGCAGCAGGCAGACAGAGAAUGUGAGUAA